AUGACAGCUCUGCACCGAUUAAUUUCAAUAGUUUUGUGUCGUAACAUAGUAACAAGUAGAUUGAUAUUCAAUUAUGUAUAUCGGUUGAAUAGAUAUCAACUAGAUUGUAUUUAUUAUCCUCACUAUAGAUUGGAUAACUAUGACUUUGUGAAAGAUAAAUUACAAUAUUCAUGUCCUCGCCUGAGAGAAAUACUAUACCAAGAACCAUACAACAUCAAACACAUAGCAUUGGAUAGAAUAACACCGUCGAGUGCAAAGAAUAGUAUUCAAUCGUAUCGAUGGUUGGAUGACAUCAAAGAUAAUAUCUAUCUGCAAGCUAGAUUCGGUUUCAAAUCAACUCUUAUCGAUAGUUUGUUGAAAUUGGAGCAACAAUAUAGUCGUUAUAUUUGGUUUGAUAGAAAGAAUAAUGAUAAUCUUCAACAACAACAAGAAAGUGGUGAUAAUAAUAAUUAUAAUGAUGAUAAUAAUGAUAAAGUGGAGAAGAUUGGAUUUGUACCAAAUCUAUUCAAGAUAAUAGAGAAUGCAUGUAUUGGUGAACGAGUAGAUAUAGUUGAAUACAUCUAUCACAGAUACCAUCGACACCUUCCAGAGGUAAUAAUGUACAUUUAUCAAUCAUCGAUCAUUCACGGACCAUUGAAAUCAUUUCUAUUCAUCUAUCAACUUCAUCCCGAUCAAUCAUACAUUCGAGAGAUAACCAACUAUGCAAGAUUUAUCGAUCAAGAUGUAUUGUUGUAUUAUUUAUCUAAUUUUGGUAUACCUUCUUUUGGUGAUGAAGAAGAAAACUAUAGAAGCUAUAGAAAUCAACACCUUCCACCUAGUUGGUAUUAUACAUCACCUAGUUAUGAUGUUGAUAAUAUUACAAUAUCUGAUAUCAUCAUUGAUACUUGUCAAUCUCUUGUUAAUAAUAAUAAUCAAAAUAAUUAUAAUAAUUUGAACAUUUUUUACAACAUUGACACAUAUCGAGUGGAUGUUGUUCAUUAUUUACACAGCAUCAGAAAGGCUUGUUUUAGUGCAGUCCGUGACGCAGCACAGCUAUAUAACUUUGAAACAUACAAAUACCUAUAUUCAGUACAUCGAGGAAGGGUCUGCGACUAUCUCUACAAGAUGUUUCGAUUUAUAACACUAGAGUGUUUUAAAAUGGUAUUGGAGUCAUAUUUAGAAGUUGGCUUAGUCCCACGACAAGAAUAUAUAAAGAAAAUAAUAUCAAAAUCACGAAUAGACCUAUUGGAAUAUCUAAUCAAUCAAUUACCAACACACCCAUUCUAUUUCUAUCUUUGGCAAUCAGUUCGUGCUAAAGAUCACUCGAUGGAGAUUGCUAAACUUUUAAUAUCAAAUUUCGAAUUUAAUAGACACAACAACAAUAAUAAUAAUAGUAAUAUAGAUUUCAUAAAAGAUUGGGUUCGGAUUAAGUUUAAUAAUUGCAACAAAGAAACAAUGAUCUAUUUAUUAAACAAAGCAAUAGAAUACAAAUCAAUUGGAAUAUCAAUAUACAAUCCAAAGGAAGAAGAAAUAAUGGAUUUGAAAAGGAGCAAUGUUGAUAUGGAAAUUAUAGAAUUAAUUUAUCAACUAUUUCCUUCUCCUCCUUGUGUUUGGGUGAAUAUAUCAGAAUGCAUCAACUCGGUGGAAAUGUAUCAUUGGUUCAAGAGUCAUAAUAUCCAAGAGUUGGAUAUUCAAUGUUUGAAAGAUUACUCAGUUAGAUCACACAACAAAGAGAUGAUUCAAUUUUUUUUUGUACCAGGAAAACUACAACAAGAAGACUGUGAUACAAAUACUUCAAACUAUUACUUUACAAGAUUUGUACAAGACAAGGAACCCAAAUUGGAAGAUGUAACAUUUUUCUAUCAAAUACUUUUCAAAUGUUAUAAAUACAACUAUAAUGCACCUCUUGAACCAAAUCAACAAGAAUAUGCAGACACUGCCGAUCAAAUAAUAGCAAGAACAAUCAUUUUAAAAAGUUGGAUAGAAUAUUUCUACACACACUUUCAAUACGAUACAUUGAAAUAUCUUUUGGAUCAACUACACAUUAUAGAUAGAAAUAUCUAUCUCGGAUAUAUCAUAUGGCGUUUGCCAUUGUAUGAACAUCUAUCAUUGGUACCAUACCUCGCUGAUGAAUAUAUAUCGAGUACAGAGGCAAGGAAAGAAGGUGUUCCAUAUAAUGAUCAUUUUAAGUCGGUAGUUGGCAAUUAUAAUAAUCCUUUUGGAGGCCCAUAUUUAACGAGUAAGGAUGAAAUUGAAAGAGAUCAUCCAAUCAACAACUUUAAUACCAACAAAACAUCAAUAAUUGACAACAAAUACAAAGAUCAAGUCGUGCUACUUCAUGAUUCAAUAGUCAGACAAAUCAAAACAGAAUACUUUAUCAAAUCACAUUGUACCAAAGAUAACGAUCACAAAGAUAUGUUGGAUAGUAUUAUUUGGCAAUACGAGGAUGGAUAUCCAUUUGAAAACAGUCACAAACGAUCAUUACAACAUGGAUACAUUGAUAUUGUUAGAUUCUAUCGAUACAACACAACAACAAACAACGAUGAUAAAUCAGAUCAAUAUGAAUUGACCAAUGACCUUUUAAAAGGACUAUUCAUUAAAAGUUUAGCAUAUUCCAAUCACAUAUAUAACCUGUUGAGUAUUAAUAGGUAUUAA